AUGUGUAUGAGAAUUUGGGAAUUCCGUUCAAAUCCGCUCGAGGAGAAGUUAGUUUUCCGUAAUGUUUACACCGCAGAAGUUGUGGCCGUUGACGCCGCGGAGGGGGCCAUGGACCAGGAUACUCUCACCGAUAAACUUUUGAAGCUUGAAAACGAACUCUUUGACUAUCAAUACAAUAUGGGCCUUCUUUUGAUAGAGAAAAAGGAGUGGACUUCAAAGUACGAAGAACUUAGGCAAGCCUUAGCAGAGACGAACGAUGUACUAAAAAAAGAACAAGUGGCCAAUUCAAUUGCAAUGUCUGAAGUGGAGAAGCGGGAAGAGAAUUUAAAGAAAGCAUUAGGUGUUGAAAGGCAAUGUGUGCUUGAUCUAGAGAAGGCUUUGCAUGAGAUGCGCUCAGACAAUGCUGCAAUUAAGUUCACAGCUGAUUCAAAACUGGCCGAGGCAAAUGCAUUAGUAACUAGUGUUGAGGAGAAAUCAUUGGAGGUUGAAGCAAAAAUUCACGCAGCUGAUGCUAAGCUUGCUGAGGUGAGCAGGAAGAGUUCCGAAAUUGAGAGGAAAUCACAUGAAGUGGAUGCUCAAGAAAAUUCAAUUCGAAGGGAGCGGGCCUUAUUCAUCUCCGAACGUGAGGCACAUGAAACUGCUUUAUCUAAACAAAAGGAUGACUUGCGUGAAUGGGAACGAAAAUUAAAGGAGGGAGAAGAUAGGCUGGCUGAUGGCAGAAGAUUACUUAAUCAAAGAGAGGAGAGGGCAAAUGAGAAUGAUAAGGUUUUGAAGAAAAAGCAGAGUGACCUUGAAGAACUACAGAAGAAGAUUGAGAUGGCUAAUUCAGUUUUGAAGAAUAAGGAAGAUGAUAUAAGCAGCAGACUAGCAAGUCUUGUGCUCAAGGAGAAGGAAGCUGAUGAUAUUAAGAAGAGCUUAGAGAUGAAAGAGAAACAAUUACUGGAAUUAGAAGAGAAGUUAAACACGAGAGAGAAAGUGGAGAUUCAGAAACUUUUGGAUGAACACAAGACCAUCUUGGAUGCAAAGAAGGAGGCGUUUGACUUGGAAAUGGAUCAAAAGAGGAAAUCUCUUGAUGAAGAGUUGAAAAACAAGGUGGCUGAAGUAGAGAAGAAGGAAGCUGAAAUUACUCAUAUGGAAGAGAAAGUCAGAAAAAGAGAACAGGCACUUGAAAAGAAAUCAGAGAAAAUAAGGGAGAAAGAAAUGGAUUUCGACUCAAAAUCAAAAUCUUUGAAGGAAAGGGAGAAGUCAAUCAAAAUCGAAGAGAAAAACUUGGAAGAGGAGAGUAAACAAAUUAUGGCUGAGAAGGAGAGCUUGCUUAAUCUCAAGGCCGAGCUUGAGAAAGUUAGGGCCGACAUUGAAAAAGAGCAAAUAAAGUUGCGGGAAGAGAGGGAACUGCUAAAACUAACUGAAGAUGAUAGAUUAGAACACACACGCCUGCAGUCCGAAUUGAAACAGGAGAUAGACAAGUGCAGGCUUCAAAAUGAACAGCUUUUGAAGGAAGCUGAGGAUUUGAAGCAUGAAAGGGAGAGAUUUGAGAAAGAAUGGGAAGAGCUCGAUAACAGAAGAGCCGAGAUUGGAAAAGAACUGGAGGAUGUCGUUGAACAGAAAAAAUAUGUAGAAAAAUUGAAACACUCUGAAGAGGAAAGGUUAAACAAUGAGAAGUUAGAAACUCAAAAAUAUGUUCAGAGGGAAUUAGAAGCCCUUAAGGUGGCGAAAGAUUCUUUUAAUGCUAGCUUGGAGCAUGAAAAGUUGAUAUUGACUGAAAAAUCUGAGAGUGAGAGAAGACAGCUUCAUCAUGAUUUUGAAGUCCUGAAACAUAAGCUUGAGUCUGAAAUGCAGAGGAAGCAGGAAGAGAUGGAGAAUCAUAUCCGUGAGAGCGAGAUAUCAUUCGAGGAAGAGAAGGAAAGGGAACUUAAUAAUAUUAAUUACUUGAGAGAAGUGGCCAGAAGAGAAAUGGAAGAGAUGAAGUUGGAAAGAAAUAAGCUAGAGAAAGAGAAACUGGAAAUUUCACAGAAUAAGAAGCACAUGGAAUCACAACAGUGUGAGAUGAAGAAAGACAUUGAGGAGUUGGUUGACCUAAGUCGGAAGUUAAAGGAUCAAAGGGAGCAGUUUAUCAAGGAAAGAGAACGCUUCAUUAUGUUUGCUGAGAAACAGAAAGGCUGCAACAUUUGUGGAGAGACAAUUCGUGAGUUUAUGCUUUCUGAUCUUCAAUCUUUAGAGGAGCUGGAGAAUGCUGAGGUCCCGCCUCCAUUGCCACAAGCUGCUCAGAAUUAUUUGAAGGAGGCAAUUGAAGGCCCUUCUCAGUUAUCUCCUGUUGUAGUAAAUUCAGCAUCUCCACCUUCUGGUGGAACGAUCUCUUGGUUCCGGAAAUGUACCUCUAAAAUUUUUAAAUUAUCACCGGUUAAGAAACUUGAGCUUGCUUCUUCCGAAGAUCCAGCUGAUCUAACAACCCUUCCUGGGGAGCAUGUUGAUGUUCAGUCACCAAAAACAUUACCGAACACCGAAAAUGAGCCAGAACCAUCCCUACAGGUUGCAGAUGAUUCUUUUGAUGUCCAAAGAUCUCAAUACGAUGGCAGCAUUAGGAAGCUUGAAGAUGUACAAGAUCAAUUAGUUGAUCAGAAGAAUGUUGACGGAGAAGCUAUCCCAGAAAAUUCUCAGAAUUCUGAUGCGAAAACACGCCGCCGAGGACCUGGCAAGGGAAGCAGGCCCAGGGCAAUUAGAACCCGAUCUGUGAAAGCUGCCAGUGCUGGUGCAAAUGAGGCUAUCUUAGGGGAAGCUCCGCUAGAGAAUAGUCAGCAUGCUAAUGGUAGUGCGGAGAAUCCUAUUCAUUUGGACGAAGAUAGUCUGGCAGAAUCUGAUCUUUUGGGUGUUGAUAAACCAAGAAAUGGUAGAAAGCGAAACCGUGUAAAUGUAUCUCAAGCAACAGUUAGUGAAGAUGGUCACAGUGGACAUUCAGAUAGCGUUGGGGAUGGGGUUCGCAAGAAGAGACGACAAAAGAUUGCUACACCUGGACAAAGCUUUGGUGAGAAACGAUACAAUCUCCGGCGGUCCAAAAUUUCAGUGGCAACAGAAUCUAAUGGAUCCUUACCUGAACCAAGCAAGAACAAGAGAAAGUCGGUUGCUGGUGUCAAAAGUCAAAGGAAAGAACUUCCCAGCUCAAAAGUUGGGGAAGAAAUCCGUGAUCCUGAAGCUGCUGCAUCGACCCUUCCCACGGGGUUUGGUGGUGGAGAUGAUAGUGUGCCUGUAAGAAGCACAGAGGCUGCCAGCGAGUUUUCAGCAGACAGCCCCAUUAGGUUCAAGAAUGCUGCGGGUGGUAAUCAUGUAAAAUACACAGCAAAUAUGUCGUUGGAUGACAUGGUAAUGAGUGAAGAGGUGAAUGGGACUGCAGGAGCCAGGGACUACAGCGAUGAGGAUCUCCAAACUGAAAGUCGUGAGGAAAAUGACGACGACGAUAAUGAUGAUGGCGAUGAUGAUGAGGUCAACCAUCCCGGUGAAGCUUCCAUUGGUAAGAAGCUUUGGACUUUCCUCACUACGUAA